AUGAGCAUUGCUUUACUAUUUUGACAAGCCAUAUUACAGCGCUACUUUGGAACCUGGUUGGAAGCUAAUCAAUCUGUUUGAACUUUUAUUCAAGAGACAUAAAUAAACCAGACCGGGAGAAGAAGUAGUUGGACUAAUUAGCCUACUAACCCAAAUCAAUAACCUAACUGUAAACUGACACAACAAGCUACGUCUACAUUUUCAUCUUUUUCAAUCCGAAAGGGUUUUUGCUACUGGACAUGUGAAUCAAAGGAGUUAUUGAGAACCCCUGAAAAUGAAGCUACUAGCAUCGGUUCUUUGUUGCUUCGGCUUUCUGCUCACUUCUGCGAUGUUUCGGACAAGCUCUUCACAAGCAGUAUGCGCGGGCACAGAGAACAAGCUGAGUACUCUGUCGGACCUGGAGCAGCAGUACCGCACCUUGAGAAAGUACUACGAGAACUGUGAGGUUGUCAUGGGUAACCUGGAGAUCACCAGCAUCGACCGCUCCAGAGACCUCUCCUUCCUCAGGUCUAUCCGGGAGGUGACAGGCUAUGUGCUGGUGGCUCUGAACCAGUUUGACUACCUGCCGCUGGAGAACCUGAGGAUCAUCAGAGGAACUAAGAUGUAUGAAGACCGCUACGCUCUGGCAAUCUUCCUCAACUACCGCAGAGAUGGGAACUUUGGCCUGCGCCAACUGGGACUGAAGAACCUCACAGAGAUCCUACAAGGCGGUGUGUAUGUCGACCAGAAUAAGUUCCUGUGCCAUGCAGACACCAUCCACUGGCAAGAUAUCGUCAAGAACGCCCGCGUAAGCCCUCUGGUGGUGCCCACCAAUAGCAGUGUUACAUGCCAGAAGUGUCACAAAUCCUGUAACGGUCGCUGUUGGGGCCCCAAGGAGGACCAGUGUCAAAGCUUGACUAAGACCGUGUGUGCUGAGCAGUGUGACGGUCGCUGUUUCGGACCCUGGGUUAGUAACUGCUGCCAUCGCGAGUGUGCAGGCGGAUGCUCCGGACCCAAGGAUACGGACUGCUUCGCGUGCACCAACUUCAACGACAGCGGGGCGUGUGUGACCCAGUGUCCCCAGCCCUUUGUGUACAACCCCACCACCUUCCAGCUGGAAAGCAACCCCAGAGCCAAGUACACCUAUGGUGCCUUCUGCGUCAAGAAGUGCCCACAUAACUUUGUGGUGGACCACAGCUCCUGUGUGAGGGCUUGUCCCAGCAACAAGAUGGAGGUGGAGCAGAACCGCAUCAAGAUGUGCAUCGCCUGCACUGACAUCUGUCCUAAAGCCUGUGAUGGUAUAGGUACAGCCAGUCUGCAAUCUGCUCAGACCGUGGACUCCAGCAACAUAGACAAGUUCACCAACUGUACCAAGAUCAAUGGAAACCUGGUCUUCCUCAUCACUGGCAUUAAAGGGGAUGUGUACCACAACAUUAAAGCUUUGGAUCCAGACAAGCUGAAUGUGUUCCGGACUGUUAGGGAGAUCACAGGUUUCCUGAACAUCCAGUCGUGGCCAGAGAACAUGACAGACCUGAGUGUCUUCUCCAAUCUGGCAACCAUAGGAGGCAGAGCUCUAUACAGUGGUAUCUCUCUCCUUGUGUUGAAGCAGCAGUGGAUCUCGUCCCUCCAGCUCCAGUCCCUGAAUGAGAUCAGUGCUGGUAAUGUGUACAUCACCAAUAACAGUCAGCUGUGCUACUACAACACCGUCAACUGGACUGGCCUGUUCAGAGCCAACAACCAGAAGGUCCUCAUACGGAACAACAGAGACCCUAAAGAGUGUACUACUGAGCAGAUGGUGUGUGACCCUCUGUGUUCGGACGCUGGCUGCUGGGGGCCAGGACCAGACCAGUGCCUAUCCUGUCGCUACUUUAUUAGGGGACGCAUCUGUGUGGACACCUGCAAUCUCUAUGAAGGACUGACAGGCUCUAGGUCCAGGCAGCCGUCGGGACCCUUCGUGGUCGAGAAGCGUGAGGCCAGUUUGGAGAGGGAGGUGCGUGAGUAUGACAACGGCUCUGUGUGUGUGGAGUGUGAUGCCCAGUGUGAGAGAGCAGAUGGUGAAUCCCUGACCUGUCAUGGCCCGGGUCCAGAUCACUGUGUGAAGUGUCUCCACUUUAAAGAUGGUCCUAACUGUGUGGAGAAGUGUCCCGACGGCCUUCAAGGGGCCAACAGCUUCAUCUUUAAAUAUGCCGAGGCCAACAACGAGUGUCAUCCCUGUCACUCCAACUGCACUCAGGGGUGUAUUGGACCCAGACUGCAGGACUGUAUUGGCAUGAUGGACAGGACUCCCCUGAUUGCAGCCGGGGUGAUAGGUGGCCUCUUCGUGGUGGUCAUCGUGGCUCUGAGCGGAGCCGUGUCCGUCCGCAGGAAGAGCAUCAAGAAGAAGAGAGCUCUGCGACGCUUCCUCGAGACAGAGCUGGUGGAGCCACUAACACCUAGUGGUACAGCCCCUAACCAGGCCCAGCUCCGCAUCCUCAAAGAGACUGAACUCAAGAGGGUCAAGAUACUGGGCUCGGGGGCCUUCGGCACCGUCUACAAGGGUAUCUGGGUCCCGGAGGGCGAGACUGUGAAGAUCCCAGUGGCCAUCAAGAUCCUGAACGAGGCAACGGGACCGAAGGCCAACGUGGAGUUCAUGGACGAGGCUCUGAUCAUGGCCAGCAUGGAACACCCUCACCUGGUCCGUCUCCUGGGGGUCUGCCUGAGCCCCACCAUCCAGCUGGUCACCCAGCUCAUGCCCCAUGGCUGCCUGCUCGAUUACGUCCACGAACACAAGGACAACAUCGGCUCCCAGCUGCUGCUCAACUGGUGUGUCCAGAUCGCUAAGGGUAUGAUGUACCUGGAGGAGAGGAGACUGGUGCACAGAGACCUAGCAGCCCGUAAUGUGCUGGUCAAGUCCCCCAACCACAUCAAGAUCACUGACUUUGGCCUGGCUCGGCUGCUGGACAUCAAUGAGAAGGAGUACAAUGCUGACGGGGGCAAGAUGCCAAUCAAGUGGAUGGCCUUGGAGUGUAUUCACUACAGGAAGUUUACCCACCAGAGUGACGUGUGGAGCUAUGGGGUGACAAUUUGGGAACUGAUGAUGUUCGGGGGGAAGCCCUAUGAUGGCAUUCCGACCCGGGACAUCCCAGACCUGUUGGAGAAGGGAGAGCGUCUUCCCCAACCUCCCAUCUGCACCAUAGAUGUAUACAUGGUCAUGGUCAAAUGUUGGAUGAUAGACGCAGACAGCAGGCCCAAGUUCAAGGAGCUGGCUGCAGAGUUCUGUAGGAUGGCCCGGGACCCCCAGCGUUACCUGGUCAUCCAGGGCGAUGACCGUAUGAAGCUACCCAGCCCCAACGACAGUACGUUCUUCCAGAGCCUGCUGGAUGAGGAGGAGCUGGAGGAUAUGAUGGAUGCUGAGAAGUACCUGGUCCCUCAUGCCUUUAAUAUCCCACCACUGGCAUACACACCCAGGACACACGUUGAUUCCAACAGGAACCAGUUUGUGUACCAAGACCCUAGUUUCGAUAUGGAGGACAUGUUGGGGACCAUCCCGCGGGUGCUGUCCCUGUCCCUAGGAGACCAGUCUGCAGGGGGGCAGGGCGGUAGCGGCCCGGAGCACCAACGCUUCGAGGACCAGCGCUGUAACGGCACACUGAGGAAGCAGGCAACACCCCGGCCCACGGGACCUCCUGGUUCAGACGGAGCACCAGCCUCAGGUGCAGUGGAGAGCAGCAGUGGACAGCGCUACAGUGCAGACCCAACCAUCAUGCUGGGGGAGAGAGGAGCUAGAGGAGACACCGAACAGGAUGGAUACCUGACCGCCAUGAGGGAGAAGGCCACCUCAGACUAUCUCAACCCUGUGGAGGAGAACCCAUUCGUGACUCGUCUGAGGAAUGGAGCUGCCCUAACUCUGGACAGCUGUAACCCCUAUCAGGUGGCACCCAGCGGCCCCCAACAGGCAGGCUCUGGCCCCAGAGUGGAGGACGAAUACGUCAACGAGCCCCUCUACCUCAACACCUUCCACAACCCCGGAGUUGGAGACUACAGUGACUACACCCUGAAGAAGAAUGGGUUCACUGGGGGACACAACCCUGCCCUCGCCACCCUGGUAAGCCAACCAGGCACCACUGGCCUCAGCGCUGGUCAAUCAGGCACCGCCCAGGCAGGAAACCCUGGUCACAGCGUCCAGGCAGCCCACGCCCAUGGAGUCUCUGCACAACCAGGAUACUCUGUUCCUCCAGGCCUCGGUACAGCCGGCACCCACCCAGCCCACCCAGCCCACCCCUCCCACCUAGCCCACCCCGGGUAUACCCUUCACCCCGGCCUCACAGGCACCAUCAUGUUGGACAAGAAGAAUAGACAAGACAAGAACAAGACUUUUGACAAUCCAGAGUACUGGCAACAUAGCCUCCCUCCCAAGGCCACCCUGCACAACCCUGAGUACUUGCAGGACUGCAGCACACGCUUCUUCUACCGGCAGAACGGCCGCAUCCGGCCCGCCGUGGCCGAGAACCAGGAGUACCUGACAGAGUUCGCCCUGAAACCUGGGACCGUGCUGCCGCCCCCACCCUACAGACAGAGGAACACUGUGGUGUAACGGGGAGGAGGAUGAGGAGGAAAGAGGGUCUGGGCCAGGAAAGGUGGAAGACAAGGGGAGGAGGAGGGGAGGAGGGGAGGAUGGGAAGUCCCUCUCUCACUCAGCCACACAAUAUUUACGUAUCAAUCCUGGUUCCCUUCACCAGCACCGGACUGACACAUCUGAACUGACACUGGAUUACAGUAACAUUACAGUAAUAUUAUAUAAGACAUAGUGCUGAGAGCCUCCCACCUUCUACGAACCCAGGACUGAUGUUCUCCUCUCUGUCUGUCUAUGUCCUCUACACUGGAUUACAGUAACAUUACACAGAAGUACUACAGUAAUAUUACAGUAAUAUACACUGAAAGUUUUCACAGAUUCACCUGUAACCGAAUACCCGAGACCCGAUCCGAGACCCGAGAGGGGUCGGAUCUAGAAUUCUAAAUAAUGUCACGGGUCUGAGUCAGAUUUGAUAUGAUUGUCACGAGUCUCGGGUAUGUGUCAUUUUAACUAACUUGUCCGGAAGAACCUGUAAAGAUCCAAACGCGACUGCUGCAGAAGAGAGGGAGAGAGAGAAAUUGCGUAAUUUAUGCUGCUACUCUUGCUUUUCAUGAGAGUGGUGCGUGUAGCUUGUUGUUGUUGUUGGCCAAUCAUAGGUCAUCAAAGCGGCACUAGGCUACAGUCAUAGAGUCUCCGUGUGGGGCAAAAGUUAGGAGAUAGCUAAUCAAUGGAAGAUGGAAUUAAAAUUACAGAAUUAAAAUUUCAAGGAGAAGGAUAGGCUACAACGACCAAGAGACAAUAGGUAGGCUGCUACUUUGUAUUCUAAAAGGAGUUGUUUGUAACUGUGUAGGACGAGAAAGUGCAUGCAGCCUCAAUUAGCCUAGCUAACUAGCUAGCUUAAGUAGCUGCUCUUGGUUGGAUGCACUCAAGACAGGUACUACGUAAUCAUAUUCAAUGAUAAAUAACCUAGCUUUGGCAGCUAUUAGUCUACGAUAGCGAGAGUUGGCUUGGUUGGUUGCCAUCUUUCGUCUCUCCCUCCGUGCUCCCUGUGUCACUUGCUCACAUUCACAGUAGCCUACACACACAGCACGGCCCCUGCUAGAGCAUCACCUCUCUCUACCUUCUCUCCCUUGCGCUUUAUCAGCUCCGUUAAUAAAGUAGCUUAAAAAUGUACUUUUCUGCUGCUUCCCUCACUCGGAUUGGAUCAGACCGGGUCUGGAACCUAGUUGUCCUCAGGUCCAUUUGGAAUGGGUCUCUAUAUUGAAAAAUAUAUAUUUAUGCAUAUUAGGUCCGGGUGGGAAAGCCCAGGUCCAUUUCGGAAUGUGUCCAACUUUUUGGACACGUCAAUACAUUUAAUAUAAACUACUGAGAGCCUCCCCCCACCCAAUAACCCAGGACUGGUUUGAUAAUUGACAGCCUCCCCGGUCACUCUCAGCCCCAUUCUUAACUCCACCCAUUACUCACCCUCAGCCCCGCCCCUUCAGUGUUGAUUACAACAACUACAGAAGGCUAAGUGAAAAGUUACAUGUAAUGACAAACAUUGUCGGUCUCUGUAGAUGUGAACAGACAGGACAGGCCAAGGAACAAGGAACUUGAAGCACUUACACUUACAGUAUAUUGUUUGCUCAUGAUCUCUAAUAUAUUAUUUUAUUACUAAUACGAUUUGUGUAAGAACCAUGCAGUAAUUCACAAUCAAUACACUACACUGAAAGUCUUGGAGCAGCACAUUUUUCCAACUGGGUUAAAUGCAUAUUGUAGCAAUCCACCAUCCACACAUACAGUAAUGUCAUAGAUAGCCGUUGGUGUGCAGUAUAUCAGGUUCAUAUAACAUUAGCGCCGUGUGCAUUACAUUUUUGGACCAGGACCUCCAUUGCCCUUGGAUUCUAAAGCAGUGGAGAUAACAGAAGCAAAGGCAGGGCAGCGGGAUGAGAGGACAAAGCCAUUCAGCAAGUAAAUGCCACAAUGUCAUAUGUAUGCAAAGCUUGAAGGGCCUAUGCUGAACACAGUGAAAUACAGCAAGAAGAAAGUGUCACAGGAUUUAAGAGGGAAUAGGCUUAUCUGUAAGGAGAGGAUCGCCACCACCCAGCCAUGGUGUUCCUUCUAACCCACAUGACUUCUUAGGCAGACAAAUGACAAACCCCUGAAUCGAUGCAGUCAUAGAAUAUAAAUAGGAAUCUGCUAUAUGUUGCAAUAUCUGUUUUUUUACUGACAAACCAUGGCAGAGUCUGUCUGUUUGCUUCCCUAUCAGAGCUGGUUACAAAAACCUCAGGAGAGGACUGAUAAGAUGGGGACUGUACUCUGAACUAGACACAGACAGACGGACGGACGGACGGACGGACGGACGGACGGGCGGACGGACGGGCGGACGGACGGACGGACGGACGGACGGACAGACAGAGAUGGGAGGGUUGUGUUAAUUUGGUACCAAACAGAAGACAACAGACUGAAAUAGGGAGUGAUUACCUGGACGUUGUGAAACGGUUUGUUACGGUGUCCCAUAAUGAACAUGAUCCACAUGUGUGGAGAAAUGAAGGAUUCAAGGGGACUGGAUGGGUGGCAAGCAACAGACACCAGUUUUUCUGGGAUGGGAGAGGCCUGAAAACUUGGUCUGGUCCUGGGCGUUAAGAAGCAUAACUAAGCCCCAAUGUGGUGGACACUACCCGGCAGGACACUACCCGGCAUUGUGAGUGCUUGUCAAACUGAAUAGGAGAGAGAGCCUGAGAACCUGAUCUGGUCUUGGGUUGGCCAUGGGUAGUGAGGAGUGAAGAAAGCAUGGAAAUACACUGGAUUUAAACCUAUUACUCGCCAAGUAGACUGUCAUCAUUACCAGACAUGUUCUGUGGAUUAACAGAACAUCAGAUAAGGACAGUUGAAAUGCUGUAUUUAUUACGAUAUUACAACUAAAACAAGACUGUCUGAACACCAAACUGGUCCAUAAAACCAAGGCAUUUGCUCCACCACCAAAUUCCCCUCCCCUACUACGUAAAGUACAGUGCAUCCCCUCUCCAACAGUUUGAACUGAGGAAUAAAACUGUGCCAAAACAUUUGGAGAGAUGUCCUUCCUCCACAAUUACAUUUUCAUUAAGGAAACACAGGAGCUACAGCGAUCGAGGACAUUGAACACUUUUCUAUUCAUGUUUGACAAUAAUGUUGAGAUUGUACAGGUAGACAGACACCAUAUCUGUGGGAGGCCAGAUCCAUGUGUCUCAGAAUACUGAGAUGAUUCUUGUUUUUGCUGCGAGUAGAGGGGGAAUACUGUCAUCUAGAAAGAAAUAUUUUGAUUUUGGCCUUUUAGAUUUUUGGGCAAUUUGAUAGGACUUAUUAACCAUUCUGGCACAGCCAAACCUCUCUCUUCAUUGUUUCCCCAGCCAGAAGCACAUCCGAUUCUCCAUCGGUUCAUUUUAAUGAUCUUUUAUCUAUCGCAUUGCAGCUAGAGAAAAGGCAGAUAGCCUACUCCAUUUCACUGUUCAUUUUCUCUGCAUUGUGGUUUCUGUUUGUAAUUUCUCAGUGUGUUUGCAUAAUGAAGGACAAUCCACAGAUGGAGCACUUUAUUAAUAAUGAAGACAAGCAGCAGGGUAGAAGAGAGAAGGGCUAGAACAGCCUUACCCAAACUCGGUCGUGGGGACCCCAAGGGGUGCAGGUUUUCGUUUUUACCCCAGCACUGCACAGCUGAUUCAAAUAAUCAGGGGGUGGAGACCCUGGGAAAGCCUGGCCUAGAACCCUGGCCUAGAACCCUGGUCUAGAAACACUGACAGGAGGACUAGAAACGUGUUCAUUGGCUCACCACUACCAUGAUAAUAGAAUGAAAAGGAAUAAAAAGUCAGGGAGUUUUUGGAGAAGCAUUGUGUUAUUUAUUUUUAUUUUCGUCAAACAGAGAUGUUUCCUGGACGGUGGGUUUAUCUCCAGUUCUCUUCCUUAAUUAAAAAUAUUACUUGCCAAGUGAGUUCCAGCUGAAGCACUUCAAAACCUAGAGUUGCCUUGGUGAAAACUGCAGAUGUGCCCUUGAGCAAGUCACACUAAUUGCUCCUGUAAGUUGCUCUGCUAAAUGACUAUGAUAUCAAUGUAAAUUGCUGUGAUAGGCUAGCUAGCUAGUAGGAAAAGCUACAAUGGCAGGUUCAUGAAAGUGGAUAUAUGCCUGUUUUAUAUAGCUGAAGUAGUACAGAGCCUAGUCUACAUUGGUAGAACUACAUUGCUAGCAUUGCUACAGAGUUUAUAGUCCUUGACAACAAAGCUACAUUAGAAGAACCAUGGGAAAAUAUAGAGCUGUUUCGAUAGCUGAUCAUGAGGCAUUACAGAGCCUAGUCCUUGUGGACACAGACCGCUACAGUGAUAGAUUUGCUAGAGAACUUAUAGUCCUUGCAGACAAUAUCCAUGUUUGGAUAUUAGGCCUGAUUGGAUAGCUGGAGCCUCUCUUAAGGCAGGGUUUCUCAAAAUCAGUCCUGGCCCCCUCCCUUUGUGCAUAUUUAGUUUUUUGCCCAAGCAAAUAAAGCUUGGUUAGUUGAAUCAGCUGUGCAGUGCGAGGGUAAAAACCUAAAUGUGUACACAGUGGGGUGGACGCCAGUAUGUUUAAUCACUGCUGUCCACUGACUCCACUGGUCCUGUAGACCAUGGUUUCUCAAACUCGGUACUGACCCUCGGUACUGCCCCUUAUAUGAAGGUGUUGUAUGCAAUCAGACACAGGCUCUCAAAAUCCUAGCAUAGUAUCACACAGGGCUUUUAGCUGGCAGGGUGUUAUAGCUUUCCUUGUCCACUAAAGCUGCUAUGUUCUGCUGUUCUGUUCCGUGGGGAAAUCAUGUCACCCAACAUCUCCAAUCAACAUGCCAGAGACAAAUACUGGCGGACAGGGCAAUAGUUUCCAAUCCUUAGCGGGGUAAAAGGCAGAGAUAUUAGCAUUCCACAAAUGUUACGAGAUCAAUGCAUCAAUGUUACAAUAGGUUGUCUGAGAAUGUGCAUUUAGGCGCUGUGUUGCGCUAUAAUGGCAGCAAGGGAAGCCAGUUGAGUUUUACUUAAUCUCAAAAGAUGACUAAAGAAAUGUACACUACAUGACCAAAAAUAUGUUGAACCCUGCUCUUCGAACAUCUCUUUCCAUUCAAAAUCAUGGCCAUUAAUAUGGAGUUGGUCCCCCCUUUGCUGCUAUAACAGCCUCCACUCUUCUGGGAAGGCUUCCCACUAGAUGUUGGAACAUUGUUGCGGGGACAUGCUUCCAUUCAGACACAAUGGCGUUCCAAUUCAUACCAAUGUGUUUGAUGGGGUUGAGGUCAGGGCUCUGUGCAGACCAGUCAAUUUCUUCCACACCGAUCUCGACAAACCAUUUCUGUAUGGACCUCGCUUUGUUCACAUGGGCAUUGUCAUGCUGAAACAGGAAAGGGCCUUCGGAGAACACAUUUCGGAGAACGCGUUUCCACUGCUCCAGAGUCCAAUGGCGGUGUGCUUUACACGACUCUAGCUGACGCUUGGCAUUGCGCAUGGUGAUCUUAGGCUCCCGACAAACCGUUCAUGUGCUGACGUUGCUUCAAGAAGCAGUUUGGAACUCGGUAGUGAGUGUUGCAACUUACAACAGGUUGUGAGGUUGUGUGGCCUACCACUUCGCGGCUGAGCUGAUAUUUCUCCUAGUUUCCACUUCACAAUAACAGCACUUACAGUUGAUUUAAAGAGCUCUAGCAGGGCAAAAAUUUGACAAACUGACUUGUUGUAAAAGUGGCAUCCUAUGACGGUGCCACGUUAAAAGUCACUGAGCUCUUCAGUAAGGCCAUUCUACUGCCAAUGUUUGUCUAUGGUGAUUGCAUGGCUGUGUGAUCGAUUUUAUACACCUGACUGCAACUGGUGUGGCUGAAAUAGCCAAAUCCAUUAAUUCAAAGGGGAGUCCACAUACUUUUGUAUAUAUAAUGUACAGUAUGUAGCAAACACUGUUGAAGUGGAAUGGUGUGUAUUUAAUAACGCACUACCAUAAAGCAGCUAAAUGAGGAGAAACUCAAACAAGGCCAAAAUUAUUUUGAAGAAGCGACCGGUGAGGAGUUUUAGAAGUGAGAGUCAUAAUCGUUAAUGAAUUAUGUAUUUGAUGGUUGCUUUAGAAAAAUCGUUUAGGUACAAAAGGAGCACAAAUAUUUCCUCUCUUUCAUUUCAACACUGAUUGUGCACACACAUUUGAAUCAACAAUGUUGAAAGUGUCACAUUUGUUUCAUUCAGCUACUAUUGUAUUUAUGGUUUUGGGGCAUAAUAAUCAAAACAGAUGUAACCCUGACAUCUGAAAGAGCAUUGUAAAUUGUGUUAAUGAUGAUGAUGUUUCUUACUCUCAAUGGGGGGGAUUCAUAAUGGCAAUAGAUUGUUGUUUCUUUGACUGCGUUGCUGUGAGUUGGGGCACAGACAUUGUGGUGAAGGCCUCUUUCACACUGUUGUAUUUCAAUGUUACUCUGAACUGGGUCCACUCCUGGAUCCACAACUUGGAGAAAAUACUUCAAGUACAUAAUGGAAAGAUUCCUGUAUUCCUUACAAUACGAAAUAUUAAUUUCUAAGGUCAAUUCUUGCAAUUGUUAUGGUAUUGAAAUGUACAGUCUGAUCCAAUAAGCCUUUCCUGUUUCUUCAUUGUCUGAAGUAUCCCAUUGCACAUAGAUGUGAUUUAAAACCCUACAUAUACAAGUAAAUACUGUAUGAGAAGCUACACUCAGUGCGUCUUGCAACUUGACACAAUGCUUAUUGUUUCAGUGAAGAUACCUGUUAAAUAACAAAUAAUAUUCAUACAAUUCAUCAUAUAUUAUAACACGGUACAUUUAUCCCACUCAGCUCAUUUUACAGUGGUACUAUAGUUGAUGAAUUCCUGUGAAACAACAGGAAUAGACUGCAGUUGUAGAGUAAGCACAGUUUACAAUACAUGGUGGUUUGAUGGUAACACUUAACUAACAAACGGGAGAGCAUUUUUUUUUUAAUGUCACACAGGCAUAAUACAGAAUGGUUGUUCCUGAUCAUUUUACUACUGUUCUUCAACCGAGAAAAUGUGAAUAGUAUUUUUAUAGAUAGUGGAAGAAUUGGCCAGGUGCAUUUGUAAAUAGUAGGAAAGCCAUGCUUUUUGGGCUGCCAUGUUUUCGAUUCCUCUUUUAUCCUUGGCAUAUUACUGCUUUUUGUUUAAUAUUAUUGUGUAUUAUCAGUUUUCUUCUUGGUUUUUAUGUCUGUAUAUAUAUAUAUAUAUAUGUAUUUGACCUGUGAAUUCUGAUUUGAAAAAGCUUGCCGGCUUUCUAGUGCUCCGCUGUUCCUCGUAUCUGUAUUUAGCACAACUUGGUGGAUUUUGUGUUUUAAAAACCUCUUGCUCGCUGUAUAGAGGUGCUUUUUCCUUGUUUUGGGUGUACCUUUUAUCUUUCAGUUACCUCUCCACCCCCCACCCCCCUUGCCAUCCUCUCCUCUCCCCCUCCCCUAUCCAUCCUCCUCUCUCCUUCCUCUCCAUCCUCCCCUCUCCAUCCUCUCCUCUCCCCCUCUCCUCUCAUUCUCUUCUCUCCUUCUCCUCUUCAUCCUCUCCUCUCCCACCCCC